AUGAACCAGUCUGAGCUGACAACAGACCCGGUGCUCACUGCCAACAGCAGCUUCUUUCCUGGCAGGGCGUCCAACCACUCUUGCCCCUUGGGCUGGGGGCUGAACCAAGGCCUGGAGGCUUGCGUCCUGGAGACUGCUGUCAUUGUGCUCCUGACGGUCCUCAUCAUUGCUGGGAACCUGACGGUGAUCUUUGUGUUCCACUGUGCCCCUCUACUACACCACUACACAACCAGCUACUUCAUCCAGACAAUGGCGUAUGCUGACCUGCUGGUGGGUCUAAGCUGCCUGGUUCCCACUUUGUCUCUUCUUCACUACCCAGCGAGUGUCCAGGAGCCAAUCACAUGCCAGGUCUUCAGCUACGUCAUCUCGGUUCUGAAGAGCGUUUCAAUGGCCUGCUUGGCUUGUAUCAGCGUGGACCGCUACCUGGCCAUAACUAAACCACUCUCUUACAACCAGCUGGUGACGCCAUGCCGGCUACGAUGCUGCAUCACCCUCAUCUGGUUCUACUCUAGUGUGGUUUUCUUGCCCUCCUUCUUCGGGUGGGGUAAACCCGGCUAUCAUGGGGACAUUUUUGAAUGGUGUGCCCACUCCUGGCCCACCUCUGCCCUCUUUACAGGCUUCGUGGUGUGCUUGCUCUACGCGCCGGCAGCACUUGUGGUUUGUUUUACGUAUUACCACAUCUUUCGCAUUUGCCAGCAGCACAAUAGAGAGAUCAGUGAGCGGCGAGCACGCUUCCCAAGCCAGGAGAUGGAGGCCGGUGAGGGGGGCGGUGGUGGCGGAGGACAUCACGGGGGGCACGGACCAGAUCGGCGAUAUGCGAUGGUGCUCUUCCGCAUCACCAGCGUUUUCUACAUGCUUUGGCUGCCCUACAUAAUCUAUUUCCUGCUGGAGAGCUCCCAUGUGCUGGAUAGCCCUGCCCUCUCCUUCAUCACCACCUGGCUGGCCAUCAGCAACAGCUUUUGCAACUGUGUUAUCUACAGCCUGUCUAAUAGCGUGUUCCGUCUUGGCAUGCGAAGGCUAUCACAGACCAUUUGCUCCUUCAGCCACUGUGCUGCAGAUGACAGAGACUUUGGGGAGCCCAAACCGAGGAAGAGGGCAAACUCAUGCUCCAUCUGA